AUGCUGCGCUGCGGCCUGGCCUGCGAGCGCUGCCGCUGGAUCCUGCCGCUGCUCCUGCUCAGCGCCAUCGCCUUCGACAUCAUCGCGCUGGCCGGCCGCGGCUGGCUGCAGUCCAGCGACCACAUCCAGACGUCCUCGCUGUGGUGGCGAUGCUUCCACGAGGGCGGCGGCAGCGGGUCCGAGGCGGACGGCUGCCAGAGCCUCAUGGAAUACGCGUGGGGAAGGGCUGCUGCGGCCACGCUCUUCUGCGGCUUCAUCAUCCUGUGCAUCUGCUUCAUCCUCUCCUUCUUCGCCCUCUGCGGACCCCAGAUGCUCGUCUUCCUGAGAGUGAUCGGAGGCCUCCUGGCCCUGGCGGCUGUGUUCCAGAUCAUCUCCCUGGUGAUUUACCCCGUGAAGUACACCCAGACCUUCACCCUUCAUCUCAACCCCGCCGUCAAUUACAUCUAUAACUGGGCCUACGGCUUCGGCUGGGCGGCUACGAUUAUCCUGAUCGGCUGCUCCUUCUUCUUCUGCUGCCUCCCCAACUACGAAGACGACCUCCUGGGCAAUGCCAAGCCGCGCUACUUUUACUCCUCUGCCUAA